AUGAAUUGCAAUAAUAUCAUCUGCCUGCUUUUGAAGACGUGCUUGUCCGGUGGUGCUUGCAUGAUUACCCGAGCUGCUCUAGAUGCCACGUCCAUCACAACAGUUUUACCAACCAUCACAAAUGACCUUGGAGGCGCGGCAAUACAAGCCUUCUGGUCAGGAACAUCUUUUCUUGUAGCCUCCGUGCUUUUCCAGCCUAUAUUCUCCCUCUGCUCCGAUAUCUUCGGAAGAAAGUCUGCACUCAUUGUGGUGGUGAUGUUUUUCAUGGCCGGAUCUGUUCUUGCUGCAGUUGCUACUAUAAGAUGUUUAGCCUGCUGCUUCCCGGAAGGGCGCCGGUGGAAUCAUGGCCCUAACGGAAGUUCUGAUCGCAGAUUUGAUCCCACUCCAGGAACCUGGGCUCUAGGCUCUGUCGUUGGUCCCAUUGUUGGAGGAGCAUUUGCGGAAUCGUCCUCGCGUUGGGUAUUCUGGAUCAACCUGCCGUUCUGUAGUUUAGGUCUUGUUUCGAUCCCGGUAGUCCUGCGAUUACACCGUGAAAAGGUGUCUAUGCGCACCAAACUCACCACAAUUGAUUAUCUGGGCUGCGGGAUUUUCAUCGCAUCACUUUCCUCUUUUCUUGUCCCGGUGACAUGGGGUGGAGUGAUGUAUGACUGGGAUUCAUGGCACACACAGUCGUCCCUCGUAGGCUUUGCAUUCUACGAGCGUUUUAUCCUCGCCGUCUUCCCAGAGAGUUUCACCGUGGCGUCUGUCUCCGUUCUGGCGGGCUUUGCCAUAACAAAAAGCGGCAAGUAUCGAUGGACAAUUUGGAUCGGCUGGGCUAUUUCCACCAUCGGGAUGGGCAUUCUUUCGCUUCUUGAUGCGAACGCUUCCAUCCCCAAAUGGCUCCUGCUGAAUCUCAUUCCUGGCCUGGGGUUAGUUAGGUCUGUUGUUCUCGGCGGUUAUGCUUGCGGUUCAGGCCUCAGCGAAUCCCGAGUACCUAGCUAUGUCGCGGUGGGUGUUGCAGUUGGUGGGGUGGUAUUCCAGAAUCAGAUCAAGAAAGAAUUCGAAUCCAACCCACUGGUUAGCGCCACGGCGAAUGAGUUUGCCCGUGAUGCAUCUGGGCUGGUGCAGUAUAUCAAGAGUCUUCCUGAAGGGGACAAGAAGCAUGCUUUGGAGGGAGCUUAUGCUAACGCACUUUCAGUUUUGUGGCUUGUCAUGUGCGGAAUUUCUGGGAUAGGAUUCCUCACAAGCCUGCUGAUCAAACGUUAUACCCUGUGCCAGGCUUUUACUUCGCAGCAAGGUCUAAAGAACCUUGUAGAAUCCGAUGUGGAGGGGUCUAGGAAAGCCUCUGAGGCCGGAAGCGAAAAGCCACCACAGGUCAAUUGAGGAAGGAAUCAAAAUUAUUUUGGUAUCGAGGAAAACAGGCAUCAGGUUUCAUUUUCUUAAUCAGGCGCGAGAGUGCGGGUUCUGUUACUGAAUAUGCAACAACAUGCUCAGUUAGAUUCACAAGAUGCAAAGUGUUUCGAACAUAGGAUACGCGAAGUGCUAAACCUGCCCCGGGACUCGAUCCGGAAGUUUACAAACAAUCCGAAUGGAGUCUGUCAGGCACCCCAAUCUAUCCAGAAUGUAUCUAGCUAGAACUGCAAACACUGUCCUUGCAGACCAGAUUACCAGAGCAGUCGUCAUCACUGGAGCAGGAGGCGCCUAUAUUGGGUGUUAGUUUAACAAGCGGAAAAGCUUCAGCUUUAUAGGAGUACAUACCU